AUGGCCGAGCAAAUGCAGCCUGAGGCGGGAAGCUCAACUGGAGGGCCUUCUCAGCUGCCCUCAGGUCCAAGCGAGUCUGGAGAUCCGGUGACGACAGAGCUGGCCUCGGCGAGUCCAGCCACCUCUGCCGCUCCUCGGAAGAAGCAAAAGUUCUCGCGAGCUCGAACAGCAUGCCUACCUUGCCGGUCCAGGAAGAGCAAAUGCGGCUCCUCUCCGCCCGAUCCAUGUCAGAACUGCGUCGAUUGGGAUAUCCAAUGCGUCUGGCCGACGGGAGACGGUCGGUCCUCCCGCGCGAGGGUCCAGCGAUCAAAAGGCGGAGAGGAGACUGCUGCGGAGCCCGCGACGGGCGAUCAGUCUUUCGCUGCGACUGAAGUUGCAGCGGGCCAGACGCCUCUGGACGACGGGUCAGCAGAUUGGCUACAAAGGUUGCUUUCUGGCACUUCACCACCAGAUCCUCAACUACCCUUCACCGGUCUAUCGGCGCCAGCUAUGACGUCCUCUUCAUCUACGACAGCACCCUUCGACCAACUCAGGACAGGUUUCUCGCCUCCUUCGGCAGAUACGUUUCAAUCUAUAUUCGCUACCCCUUCAUCCUCCGGUCCUGCCCACGCCCUGUCCUACGGCGAUCUCGCGGAAUCGUACGCCCUACCUGGCGGCGGGGUAGAUCCGGCGCGAUUCAUGUGGGCAAUGAGUAGCCAGCUACCACUAGUCCAGGAGGCGAGUCCGGCGGAUGAGCGACUGAAAGCUGGAACGGGGGCAGCCGUGUCUGCUGAGGGCAACGCGGAGCAAGCAGCAGAGAAGGAAGAGAAGAUCGUCAAGGUCAGCUGGUGGAGGCCGCAUGGACAGACCGCGAUCGCGCCAGGUCUCAAGCGUAUCACGCUCAAAGUCCGUAUCGAGCACCCUUCAGCACCCUUUGCUGCGGCUACCUACUCUGAUUCUCCCGGUACAUCAUUACAGCGCCUGGUCGACUCGGACGGCGCACCAACAUCGGAGAUCAUGAAGCAUCUGCUGGACAUCUUCUUUCUUCAUUUCGGGUGUCAAUUUCCCUUUUUGGAUCGACAGAUCUUGGAGGAUCAAGUGGACAGGCGGAAUGGGAGUGUGUUCAUGAUGAACUGUGUUGCUGGUCUUGCCGCUAGAUUUUCCUCUCAUCCAGCAAUAGCGCUACCGCACCUCGAACCAUGCGCGUAUGGAAACAUCUUCUACGACCGUGCCAAAUCACUCCUUGGAUCCAUCUUGAGCGUACCCUCGAGAGAAGCUAUCGCGGGGUUUGUCAUGCUGGCGCAUAUCAGCUUUGCGAAUGAUGCCGAAUCAGAAUUGUGGAUGUUGACGGGUAUGGCUGUGCGGAUGGCGAUUGAUAUGGGUCUACAUCUAGACCCACCGGAAGACUCGACCAUCUCGCAAACGGACCGCCGCUUGAACCGUCUUAUCUUCUUCACCGUCCUCCUCAUGGAUUACGCCCUCUCUUUUGGCGUCGGCCGACAAACGACCUUUCGCGUUGAAGAUAUCACCCAGACACUGCCGACCGGGGCCGACUUUCCCGAAUCCUCCACCCGUUCACCCUUCCUCUACGCCGCUCAGAUGAUGCUGUCGUACGGCCCACUCAUCAACAUGCUCAAUUGCGAGCAGCGCGAGGGGACUCGGAAGGAGUCGGAGAUACAAUCUGCUUUGGCACAGGCGAUCAAGCAGUAUAAUCAAUUGCCGCAGGAUAUGCAGUGGACGGUCGCAAAUCUGCAAAUGCAUUCCAAGUGUAAUCAAGGUCCAAUCUUCCUCCAUCUCCAUCUGUGGAUGCACACUAUCCUGGCAUCAGGUCACCUGACCGGAACGAACCUUCCCCGCCGAGGCAACCCAAAUCCCACGCUACCCGCCAUUUCCAUCGCCCCUACCCCCAAUACCACUACCGCCUCAACCCUCUGGCGCAACUCUGUUCGCACUAUCGGCGACAUCCUCGUCUUGUCUGACAUCAUCAACCCGCAGGCAUACCUCGCAGUCCCGUUUACGAAUCAGGCGUUCUUUGUUGCUGCUUGCUGCUACGUCUGGGAAAUUGAUCAACAUCGCAGUCCUCCAAUAUCCCCUGAGCUACCGCCCAUCCCCCCACCCGCAGUGCCAGACACUUCAGACAAGCAACCGCCAAGCGAGACGAAAGACACCGGCGGCGCCAAAAAGACCUCCGGCAGGCAGAUCGAUCUCUCUCGCGCCCUCCUCGCCUCUGUCGCCCGGACCAAUAUCGCCACUCUACAAGCGGGGCUUGCCAAGCAGGCAGUCUACUGGAGCGGCACGCGAUGGGUGAUGGCUGCCCUGGAAAAGCGGAUUGAGGGAUUCCAGGAUGUGGAUCUGCAGGGAGUGACGGAGAAGUUGAAGAGCUUUGUCAGUCUGCCGGAUGCGGGGCUGGUGGGUCGGUCAGCGGUGAUUCCGCGAGGUAGCCAGAGUAUGGGGUUGUCGAGCGGAGUAGGAGCGGGUACAGGGGGUCAAUUUGACUAUAGCCAGCUGGACUUCUUCAAUCUCCCCUUUGACCCUACGGCUGGUGCUGCAAAUACGAACGAGGGGACGGGGAAUGUCACGCAGACAGAAGUACCACUGCCACAAAAUUGGCAGACUGACUGGUUCAAAUAG